AUGGGCAUGGAUCUACAGACCCUCUGUGUCUGUGGGACCCCUCCCUCAGUGUCUGUGGGACCCCUCCCUCAGUGUCUGUGGGAGCCCUCCCUCAGUGUCUGUGGGAGCCCUCCCUCAGUGUCUGUGGGAGCCCUCCCUCAGUGUCUGUGGGACCCCUCCCUCAGUGUCUGUGGGAGCCCUCCCUCAGUGUCUGUGGGAGCCCUCCCUCAGUGUCUGUGGGACCCCUCCCUCAGUGUCUGUGGGACCCCUCCCUCAGUGUCUGUGGGAGCCCUCCCUCAGUGUCUGUGGGACCCCUCCCUCAGUGUCUGUGGGAGCGGACCCUCCCUCAGUGUCUGUGGGACCCCUCCCUCAGUGUCUGUGGGAGCGGACCCUCCCUCAGUGUCUGUGGGAGCGGACCCUCCCUCAGUGUCUGUGGGAGCGGACCCUCCCUCAGUGUCUGUGGGAGCGGACCCUCCCUCAGUGUCUGUGGGACCCCUCCCUCAGUGUCUGUGGGAGCCCCUCCCUCAGUGUCUGUGGGAGCCCUCCCUCAGUGUCUGUGGGACCCCUCCCUCAGUGUCUGUGGGAGCCCUCCCUCAGUGUCUGUGGGAGCCCUCCCUCAGUGUCUGUGGGACCCCUCCCUCAGUGUCUGUGGGAGCCCUCCCUCAGUGUCUGUGGGACCCCUCCCUCAGUGUCUGUGGGACCCCUCCCUCAGUGUCUGUGGGACCCCUCCCUCAGUGUCUGUGGGAGCCCUCCCUCAGUGUCUGUGGGAGCCCUCCCUCAGUGUCUGUGGGAGCCCUCCCUCAGUGUCUGUGGGAGCCCUCCAGGUGGGUUCAGAUGGGUCCAGGAGGGUCCAGGUGGGUCCAGGGAGAGCUUGUCCUGGAGCAGGGAGAGCUUGUCCUGGAGCAGGGAGAGCUAGUCCUGGAGCAGGGAGAGCUAGUCCUGGAGCAGGGAGAGCUAGUCCUGGAGCUGGGAGAGCUAGUCCUGGAGCAGGGAGAGCUAGUCCUGGAGCAGGGAGAGCUAGUCCUGGAGCAGGGAGAGCUAGUCCUGGAGCAGGGAGAGCUUGUCCUGGAGCAGGGAGAGCUAGUCCUGGAGCUGGGAGAGCUAGUCCUGGAGCAGGGAGAGCUAGUCCUGGAGCAGGGAGAGCUUGUCCUGGAGCAGGGAGAGCUAGUCCUGGAGCAGGGAGAGCUAGUCCUGGAGCAGGGAGAGCUAGUCCUGGAGCAGGGAGAGCUUGUCCUGGAGCAGGGAGAGCUAGUCCUGGAGCUGGGAGAGCUAGUCCUGGAGCAGGGAGAGCUAGUCCUGGAGCAGGGAGGAUGGUGUUGGAGGCAGAGCAAACAGGAUGAGACUGGUUUUUCCACUGAGCAAAACCUCCUUUGUCUUCGUUAA